AAGGGCAGGUGGGGCAGAGCUGCACCAAAAUAUUCAUCCAAACGUAGACCUCUUCUAAAUACACUGAAUUAAUAAUAAAUUAUAAAUGUGUUAAGCAUUCUGCAACAAAUAUUCUAGACUAUUUUAAGUCGUAAACUGAGCAGAAUAUAUAUUAAAAUGUAGCGCAUGUCUUCGGCAGGCAUGUUUUCAUGAUACUAAGUGGGGCAGACGGCCUCGAAGCCCUUCCUAGCUCUACAGCGCCCCACAAAUCUCCAAUGUAAAUCUGUGGUAAAAAAAAAAUGGAACUGCAGCACGCUCUCAUUGAGGCAGAUUUCUGGCUGUCCCGCUUAUUUUGGUAAACACACCUUACGUAAACCUCGCUCCAGAUCUAGACGAUAUAUCAGUCUGCUUCAGCUAUGUGUCAGCUAUCAGCUCAGAGCUCAUCAUUUCCCAGCCCCUGUUCCCUGCGACAAGUGGAUUUCAACUAAGGCUUAAACAGUGCAGCAUCAGGACCGCUUAUACUUGACGUCUGCAGCCACAGACCUGGUACGGCGAUCACAAGAGGAAGACGCUGCCACAUUCUCAUCAAAUUGAACAUAAACUGUGUAGCGUCAAAGGAGAGAAAGCAGAUUCAUCAGAGAAGACUCCGGCAGCUGUUCUUCAAGUCAAGAUCAGUUUGAGAAUGUAUCAGGCACUAACUCAGCUAAACUGGAUAUGAGCAAAUAUGGGGACUCUGUUAAAAACCAUGGCAAGCCAACAGCUUUGACAGCCCAAAAGGAGAUCCUUUUUUUGCAUAUGUGAAAGAUAUUUUCUGUACUGUCAAUAACAAACUCUUAAAAGAAUCCAAUAUUGUUUUCCCUUUAUUUUAAAAUACCCCCUUCCACUCCAAUCAUGAAGAGUUUGUUGUCUGCCCUCACUCCUUCCUGUACCACCCUCCUCUUACUUCCCUUUUUCCUUCUCUUAUGCCCGCCAGCAUUGGUCAGAGGUGACUGCUGGCUGAUCGAGGGGGAUAAAGGCUAUGUGUGGUUGGCCAUCUGCAGCCAGAACCAGCCACCGUAUGAGACAAUCCCACAGCACAUCAACAACACAGUACAUGACUUGCGGCUUAAUGAGAACAAGAUCAAAGCUAUUUUUUUCACUUCCUUGAGUCGCUUUACAAACCUGACCGACCUCAACCUCACCAAGAAUGAGAUCUCGUACAUCGAAGACGGUGCUUUUGCAAGCCAAGCAAAUUUACAGGUCCUGCAACUUGGAUAUAAUAAGUUAACCAACCUGACAGAAGGCAUGUUGCGAGGUCUGGGGCGUAUGCAGUGUCUUUUCUUGCAGCACAAUCUCAUAGAAGUCAUUGCCACUAAUGCAUUCUGGGAGUGCCCCAGCCUCAGCAACCUGGAUCUGUCAUCGAACAAGCUUGCCCGGCUGGACCCAUCGACUUUCACUGUGUUGGGCAGGCUCAUGGGAUGUGAGCUUGCAGGAAACCCCUUCCACUGCGGAUGUGAGCUCUACAGUUUCCUCACCUGGUUAGAGGUCUUCAACAAUGUCACACACACCUAUGAUCGACUUCAGUGCGAGACCCCACGGGAGUUGUUUGGCUAUCCGUUGCUAAGUCCUGUUGCCGGGCAUGGACGGAGUGCUCGCAACAUCCUUUCCUCUGUGUGCCGGGAUGGGGUGCUGAUUCCUGGGAUGACGUCUCUCCCACCUGAUUCUGAUUCUUCAGGCAUGGGACCUGACAUGUUUGACCACAUUGGACCAUACCAUCAGCCCACAACUUCCUCCUCAUCUGACACUGCAUUUAGUCCCAGCAUCAAACUGCAACAUGUGUCUCUUUCCUCUGCAUCCCUUCUGAUCCAGAUUCCAAAGCCAUACAGCAAAAUGUACAUCCUAGUACAGUACAAUCAGAGCUUUGUGUCAGAUGUAAUGAACUUGAAGAAUAAAAAGGAAAUGAUCACUCUUAAUAAGCUCAAACCUAACACCAACUAUACCUUCUGCGUGGCAUCUAUACGCAACUCACAGCGCUACAACCACACUUGUUUAUACUUUGCUACCCGAGCUCCAAAUCAAGAUGAAGUGAUGCCUCCACCCUCUACAACCACCCACUACAUCAUGACCAUUGUUGGCUGCCUCUUUGGAAUGCUCAUUGUUCUUGGGUUUGUCUAUUACUGCCUACGAAGACGUCGCAGACAAGAAGAGAAAGAAAAAUCCAUCUGUGUGAAGAAAACCAUUCUGGAAAUGCGAUAUGGUCCAGAGGUGGCAGCAGCAGUUGCAAAUGACCCCACAGCUGUCCAGAAACUCCACGAGCAGAGCCACCAUCAGCAUCACCAUGGAAAACUACCCAUGUCCUCCUCGUCCAGCUCUGCCAUGCUUGGCCAUGGUUCUGCAAACACUAGUUCCUCACGUCUGUCCUCCAUCCCUCAAGUAGAGAAGAUGGCAACUGCUUUCUCUGAGGCCAUGGCCACUAAGGGCAACUAUAUGGAUAUUAGGACCUCUGUAGGAGGAGAUGAAAGGGGGAGAGAUGGAGCUGUGAUGCAUGGUGUUAGGGAGGAAGACCUUAGGGGGGAUGAUGGGAGUGACCUGGGUGAUGACUCAGAUGAUGAUGGCCGGGGAUCAGCAUCCGAGAUUUCAACCAUUGCAAUGGAAGUUGACAAGGUCAACCAGAUAAUUAACAACUGCAUUGAUGCCCUCAAGCUGGACUCUGUUGCCUCUACUGUUUCCACCACAGCAAGUGGUCCCACCUCACCGCCACCUACCUCUACCUCCUCCCUAACCAGAGGACUGAUUCCCAUCUCUACUAGUGUCAGUGAUACAUGCCAAGUCCUACCUUCCCCGAAAAUCCCUCCUCCACCCCCUCUUCCCUUCUCUGCUCCUCUGUCUGAGAGACCUGGGAUCACAGGGGGUGGCUUUGUGUCACCACCAUAUCGUCCACCACCCCCAGCUUCUGCAGUGAGGCCUAUUCAAAGACAGAUGAGUGCAGAUGCAGCCGUCAUCGUUUCCUCUUCCAAGAGGCACUGCCGCCCUUCCAGUGGGAAAGGAGGUCGUGUUUACAGCCUAGAUGUUCCGGAACCCCACAGCCCAGAUCCCUGCCAAUAUCCAGACAAGGGCAGCCCGUUGGGGUGUGGUGAGCCCCUGGAGAGGCUCCCUUUAGUAGGUAGUGGUGGAGGUGGUGGCUGUAGCAUCGACGGUGGUACUGUAGAUGGGAUGGGCCUUCAGCAACACCUGGAGGUGCACCCAGACUACCACUGUGCCGAGCAUCGUCACUCAGUCCCUGCCCUUUACUAUGAGGGCUCUCAUGACUCCCCGGCCCAAAGGGUCUCUUUUCUCAAGCCUCUGUCACGCACCAAGAGAGACGCUGCUUCCUACUCUCAGCUCUCUCCACGUCACCACAAUUACUCUGGCUACUCCUCGAGUCCAGAGUACUCCUCCGAGACCACCUUGCGCAUCUGGGAGCGCUUCCGUCCCCACAGAAAGGGUCCACGUGAGGAGUCAUGUUACGUAACAGCCGGAAACGCCUUGCGCAAAAAGGUCCAGUUUGCCAAGGGGGAGGACCUGCAUGACAUCCUUGAUUACUGGAAGGGUGUGUCGGCACAGCAAAAGCUGUAAUCUAUGGGACUGCGUGGAUAUACAGCGCAGGUCUCCUUUACUGCCUGAAAAACCAGAAGAGCGACUUGAGCGAGGAAGUCGGGUUAUGGCUGCAGUUUGCAAAACAGAGCCAAGUUUGUCAGGGUUUGAGGACAAGUUGUUUUAAUAUGUUUUUGUUCAGUGAGCCAGAAAGAGUAAAAAGAGCCAGAGAAUACAUUACAUACAUAAGAUAACUUUCAGAGAUAUCAUUUGGAGCAUUGACAAUUGUCAUCCUCAGUGAAAAAAGUCCAGUGGGCUUAUCAUUUGUCAAUAAUUGAAAUAAUUGUAUUUUACUCAGUAUGUGUAUUCAUCGUUCAUAUCAAUAGUGAGACCUUUGUAACCUGAGUCCUUAUUCAGCCUGAGAGAGAAUCUCUGUUUAUACUCCCACUCAAAUCAUUGGCCAUCGCAUUCAUUUGUUAGGCGGGAAUGUGUAAGAGUGUGUUUUAGGAGGAUAAAAUGAUGUGCUGAUUUUCUACAAACCUGUCAAAAGCAGUUUCCUCCUUCCAUAUUGCAGAGACUGUGCACAGGGCAACCAAAUUUACAUUUCAAUAGCACUCCUCAUGUGAAAAAUAAAGGAAUAGAGGAAAGGAAAAGAUAAAAAUGAAACAGAAGAGUCUCCCAGGGGAGCUUUAGAAUAGUCAGCCGUGUUUGGCAUCUGCUUGCUGUGCUGAGCAGGAUGGCAUAAAUAGUGCAAGGGGUGCUAGAGAAAAUACUGUAGAUUUACCAGGGUUUGUGGAAAAUGCAUAGAUCAUAAAUAGAUAUAGCUCUGUACAUCUCUCAUCUCUGAUGCAUUAUUAAUAGCAUUUCCUUAUCAGAGGUUACCUUGUCACCUGUAUCACAGCAUGAGCACAAAGUGGCUGUUGGCAGCAGAGUUUUAUGUAUUCUGUUCUUCUGCCCUGAGGUCAGUUUGUUAAGUCCGUUAAUUGGCUUUUGGAAGCCUGAUGCUGACAGCUGAGACAUUCAACAGGCAAAGUGACCUAGAAUCUGUUAUGGCACUUUUAACCUGAUGCUUUAUAUGGCAUGUUUCUCCAGGCUCGUUUUUUUGUUUAUUUAUUCAUUUAUUUAUUGGGGGAAUUAUUAUCCAUGAUGCUAACAUUGAAAGGAAGACAGAAAAAAAGAGCAAGAUUGAAUUAAAUUAAAAAUAAUUGAAAAUAUUUUAAAUUAAUAGAUAAUUUACGUUCUUCUUGUCAUUUAUUGACCUUGGGUUUCAAUUCGUUGAUAGUAAAACUCCUCUACCAAAAGCACUUAAUCUCAAAUAUAGAUCUCAAAGGAUAAUACAUUAUUAAUGGUAUGAUUUAUUGAAAAUAAUAUUAACUUCACCUCUGUGAGUGAUUAUUUUAUUAUGUCCAUUUGGAUUACACUAACUAAUUAGCAAUUAACCAAGGCUAUAUCCUUUAGUGUGCUAGGGUAAGCAGCCAAGACCUCCAAUUUGAUUAAAAGAGAUCAUUCUCCCUCUCUUGUCACAGCAACCACAGUCAGCCUACAGUUUCAUGGACCAAUAAACCAAAAAAUUUGAUUAGUGGCACUGUGGGAAAAUAUACAAGCGUUUACUGUAAGUAUGAAAUGACAGGUGAAACAUCCAACAAGCACUUGAAAUGAAAUGAAUGGUGUUUAAUCAAUGCAGUAUAACUAUAACCGCCCAGCGCAUGGCUUAAAGGGUUAGUUCACCCAUACAUUAAAAUUCUGUCAUCAUUUACUCACCCUUGUGGCAUUCCAGAGUUAUAUGACUUUCUUUCUUCUGCAAAACACAGGACGUGACAUUUUGAAGUCUGUUUUCCAUCCUCUUUUUCAUACAUAUAGAAUGAACAGGGACUGAAGCUUUCAAAGUUUCUCAAAGCUAUUGUAUGUCUUCAGAAAAUUUGGAAUAUAGCAUAUGAAUAAUAUAAACCACUUUAAAGAUACUUUUAUGCUUUAGCAUCCUUUUUUGGAGCUUAAAAUCUGCAGUCCCCAUUCAUUAUAAUGGAAAAAAGCAAAAGAAACCACAAUUCAGCAAGAAAGAAUGUCACAUGGGUUUGUAACAACAUUUUUCAAAAGGUAAACCAUUCUUCUAACUCUGACCUGAGAUCUGAGCACUUUGUCACUUGACAUCAUUAUUGGUGAAACUUGUGUGUGGAGAUAUUUAGUUGGAAAAUCAUGAGAUAAAUUAGAUUUAAACAAAAUGCAAACAACUCAUAUGAGGCUGAGGGUGAGGGUUAGCAUUAGCCGGCAAACCUCUUCAUUCUCUUUAUUCUGCAUCAGGUGUUUUUGUGCCUUCAGUAAAAGAGUCCAUUAUUUGUUAGUAUCUCAAAAGAGUAGUUUUUGUUUGGUUGGUUCAUAUUCCGUAAAUCAUACCAUAUCCCUUAUUUAAUAUGGGUUUUCAUUGUAAAUACAUGUUCAUAUAACAUCUUUCUUACCAUAUCUCUUGAUUAAGGUUUUUCAUUGUAAAUAUAUGAUUGAUACCUGCCAACAUUGGACAUACACUCAGGCACAAUGUCUCUUUGGUUCUCUCUUUUUCGAGGGCUUUAAAAAAAAAUCCAAGGUCCAGUCCAAGGUAUAUGACAAAAGGUUGUUCAUAGGAUGCUUGAUGGUUUACACAGAGGAGCAGCAGCAGCUAUGACAUAUGUGGAUUAUUAAAGUGUGUAAUUAAAGAAGACACUGUACACAGAUCAUUUAGAGAGAAUGGACCCUAACUGGACAAAUCGUUCUUGGGCUACUGAAAUGGACCCACAAAGGACUGCUACCGGAGGCUUACUGUGACAUUUUCCUUAUAUGAACUUGAUUUUAAAACCACUUGGACUGAUCUUAAGGAGCUAACCAUGAACACUCAAUCAAAAAUGACUGUUCAUUUUUUAUAACAGUGAAAUCUGAUGCUAAGCUUUAUGUUUUUAAAUAUGUUUUUUAUUGUGCCUCCCCUCAUUGACUAAGAAAAAAAAGAAAGCAAACAAAAAAAGACUUGCACUCCUGUACAAAUGCUUGUCAGCCAUUUUUGCUAUGAAUUCAAGGUUGAAAAACAAAAGAGGGAGUAAUAAUACAAUUGGCAUGGCAUCUGUAAGACUUGUUUGUAUUAAUUGUUUAAGAAAAUGUGUACAUACUGUUUUGUUUUUUUUUUUUCUAUUUUUUUCUUUGCUGGGGGAGUAAGACUGUCGUUCUUCAUGCUGUUAUCUUGCUCAAGGUCAUUCUCUUUCAACAUUUUCCCAUUCACUCUGGACAAACAAGCAAAUCAAUUACUUCAAGUUAAGGUCUCCCUCCACCAAAUAACAUUUUAUAUCAUACCUUUAUUCAAGUACUGUUUUUAUGUACAUAA